UCAAGCCGGUUACUGCAUCGCCGGUGUAGCAGGCUUUGUUGUUGUGGAAUUGCGCAUGCGCAAUGACAUGAAUGGCCGCUGUGCCUGACAGCCCACCAGGAAGUGUGGCGGACAAAUACUCGGGACAUUGUACGGCGUUUGCGACCGAAACCGGAGGAGGCACCGACGGUGGCGCGCCCAUCGGCCCGGACUGCUCUCGCUGAGCGUCGGUACCGUCUCCGGCCCGGAUUCGGCCUCCGGGAUCUCAGUUCAUGCGGGCCGUCUGCGGGGCUGUGCGUCCGAACCCCCCCCGCCUGUCGGGUCCAGAGCCCGGUGCUGCUCUGUUGAAGCUCCGUCAAAUACUGUGCGCGUCCCCCUCCCGACUGCAAUGGGAUGCUGCGGUAGCACUGAGAGGACAAAGAGAGAAUGGAGACCGCUGGAGGAGCGAAGCUGCACUGACCUGCCCUGGUUCCUGCUCUUCAUCAUCUUCUGUGUCGGCAUGGGGAGCGUGUGUGCCUUCACCGUGGUCACCGGCGGCGCCGCCCGGCUCGUCUUCGGCUACGACAGCUAUGGCAACACUUGCGGCCGCCGCAACCAGCGCGUGGACGAUGUCAAACUCAGCGGCCUGGACCACACGGACAGGAAGUUUGUCUUCUUCCUUGAUCCUUGCAACAUCGACAUUGUUCAGAGGAAAAUUAAGUCGGUGGCUCUGUGCGUGUCCCUGUGUCCCCCUGAAGUUCUCAACACCUACCAGGACCUGAUGAAGUUCGCCAUGGUCAAUGGUUCCGAGCUGUGUUCGUACGAGUUAGCUGGUCACAAGUACCCGGGUCUGCCCGAGAGGUUCUCCAAGUGUCCCAAACUUCCUGUCCCGCCGAGCAAACCGUUGCCGCUUUUCAACCGCUGUACGCCCCUGGACAUCGCUUGUUAUACCAAGUUCGCAGAGGCCGUGGUGACCUUUGUCAGCGAUAACUCGUUUCUGCAUCGAGUCAUCGCUGGCGUGGCGGCCAGUAAAGAGGUCAUCGUGGGACUUUGUCUUCUGGCACUGAUGCUCUCCAUGAUGCUCAUGGUGAUCAUCCGUUACAUCUCGGCCGUCCUCGUCUGGAUCCUCACCUCCUUGGCGGUCCUCGGGUCUCUGGCUGGUACCAGCGUGCUCUGGUGGUUCUAUGUUGACCACCGUCUCCAUGGAAAUGAAACCCACACAAAGGUGACAAAAGACGACGAGCCGACGCCAGAUGGAAACCAGACGCUGCUCGUGUACGCCAUCGCUGCCACCGUUUUCACGGUCAUCCUGCUGCUGCUGAUGCUCUUCAUGAGGAAGCGAGUGGCGUUGGCUAUCGCUUUGUUCCACGUGGCGGGAAAAGUCUUCAUCCACUUGCCCCUCCUCACCCUCCAGCCCUUCAUCACCUUCCUGCUGCUGCUCGUCUUCUGGAUAUACUGGAUCCUGGUUCUGCUCUUCCUGGGAACCAGCGGAGACCCAGUCCACAACGAGGAGACCGGCCUGAUAGAGUUCCGCCUGACGGGGCCAUUGGAGUACCUGACCUGGUACCACGCCGUGGGUCUUGUGUGGAUCACAGAGUUCAUUCUGGCGUGCCAGCAGAUGACCGUGGCUGGCGCGGUGGUCACGUACUACUUUACCAGGUAUGAUUACCUGAUGCACAAAAACACGCGUGUGUGUGUGUGUCACGGGUGUAGUGACGGCAUCGGCGUUUGCAGGGACAAGAAGCGACUUCCUGCGUGGCCAAUCGUGCGCGCAGCUUUGAGGCUGCUCAGGUAUCACGUGGGCACGGUGGCGAAAGGCUCCUUCAUCAUCACGCUGGUCAAGAUCCCUCGACUCCUCCUCAUUUACGUCAGCAAGCAGCUCAAAGGAAAGGUAGCGACGCCCGUCACUCAAACUCAGGUGACGUCGACCCAUCAAGCUCACGCACGUGUGUUUCAGGAGAACGCGUGCGCUCGCUGCGUGCUCAAGUCGUGCAUCUGCUGUUUGUGGUGUUUGGAGAAGUGCCUCAAUUAUCUGAACCAGAAUGCGUACGCAGCGACCGCCAUCAACAGCACCAGCUUCUGCACAUCGGCGCGAGACGCCUUUGUCCUCCUGGUGGAGAACGCCCUUCGAGUCGCCACCGUCAAUGCCAUCGGAGACUUGGUGCUCUUCUUGGGGAAGAUCCUCAUCGUCACCACCACGGCGUUUGCCGGCGUGCUGCUGCUCAACGCCCGGCGUGAUUAUGCCGAGUGGUUGCUGCCGCUGGUUAUCGUUUGUCUCUUCGCCUUCCUGGUGGCGCACUGCUUCCUGUCUGUCUUCGAAAUGGUGGUGGACGUGCUCUUCCUGUGCUUCGCCAUCGAUACCAAGUACAACGACGGUACCCCGGGGAAGGAGUUCUUCAUGGACAAGGCUCUAAUGGAGUUUGUGGAAAGCAGCCGCCGUAUGGAACGCGUCGCUGGCCGUGGGCGGAGCAGAGUGAAGGCAACGACAUCGGAGGGGGCGGAAAUGAAGCCCAUGGUGAGUGACAGCCUCGGAGACGAGAAGAUGACCGAUGACAAGAGUGAAUCUGAAGAGGUGGGGGCGUGGCCUCAAGAGAUCGGUGAAGAGUGGGAGGAUCUUCAGGAGUUCCAGGUGUACUACCUGUUGGUCGGGGUGCUCGUGGACUGGGCGCUGACGGAGCACAGCGACUUUGUCCUCUGUCUGAGCGAGGACGUCGUCCUCUUCCUCUGCGUCUACCUGCCCACCUCCACCCUCUUUCUGUUUGUCAGCCUGCUGCAUUCGCCAAACUCCGCCCCUCCCAGAGAGCCCGCCGCCGUCACUGCCAAAACAACCACCGCCUGCUAACCAGAGCAUGCUAACAAACGUGCAUGUGCUAACAGACUUCCUUGUGGACGUAAAGCAGACAUGCUAACCCCAGCAUGAAUUGAAGCACAUGGAGCCAUGCUAACCGCCUUAUCAUCAUCAUCAUCAUCACUUUCUGUUUAUUUUGUGGUCACCGCUGUGCUUUAACGACUCGUCGUGCGGACAGAGUGACACAUCACGGCAUGGCUCCCGGGACGAGUUCGGCUUGACAAAAUCAGCCAAUGGGACUUCUUAAAAGAAAAGAGACAUUCCAGAAGUUUAUUUUUACCAACGUGUAACAUGUUUACUGUGUUUUCACUCCAGGAAAACAAUAUUUUAAUAAUAAUAAGACAACGUAACGACGUAACCAAGCACUUUAUAUGGAAGCACUGCUGAUUUUUUUUUUUAUAUAGAAAACUCAUCUUCACUUUGUCAGCAACUUUUUUUUUCCCCCUUCAUCUUUUUUGAUGACGCUUUGUAACACCUGGAUAAUAACGAUGAUGAUUAUGUCAUCUGAGGACAUCUCAUCUCUCAUUGAUCGAUCGCCUGAAGGAUCUUGAAAGGAUCAUGUCAAAGGUCAAGCAAGAUGGAGGAAGUAGUUCUUAUCCAAACAUUAGAACCACCACUGACCAAACACCAGAGCAAAAAUUGACACAAAAGAACCUCCAACACAGAUCCAAACAUAACCAUCAAUGACCCAAGCAUCAGAGCCGUUAUUGACGCAAAAAUCUGAAUCACAAUUGACAAACAUCAGAACAAAAAAACAAUUGGAACCAUUAAUGACCCAAACAUCAGAACCACCAUUGACACCAUCAAUGACCCAAACAUUAGAACCAUCAAUGACCCAAACAUUAGAACCAUCAAUGACCCAAACAUCAGAACCACCAAUGACCCAAACAUCAGAACCACCAACAAUACCCCAAACUGAACGACCAUAGAGCCAAUUCUCAGAAGCACCACUGACCCAACUCUCAGAAGCAUCAAUAUCCAAACGUCAGAACCACCAACAAAAAAAAACAAUUGCAACCAUAAAUGACCCAAACAUUAGAACCAUCAAUGAUCCAAACAUCAGAGCCACCAUUGACUCAAACAUUAGAACCACCAACAACAAUACCCCAAACUGAACGACCAUCGAGCCAAUUCUCAGAACCACCACUGACCCAACGCUCAGAAGCAUCAAUAUCCAAACAUCAGAACCACCAACAAAAAAACAAUUGGAACCAUCAAUGACCCAAACAUCAGAACCACCAUUGACACCAUUAAGGACCCAAACAUCAGAACCAUCGACAAUAACCCAGUUGGAACCACCACUGACACCAUUAAUGACCCAAACUUUAGAGCCACCAAUGACCGAGCCCUCAGAACCACCAACAAUAACCCAGUUGGAAACAUCAGUGACCCAAGCAAGAGGACCUUCAGUUACCUAAACAUUAGAACCAUUAAUGACCCAAGAAUAAGAACCACCACCGACCCUCAAAACCAGAACUACAAAUGAACGGCUCAAUAAACGCCACGAGUGGAACGCCUAUUUCCACUGCCACUGUACAUUGGAGGCGGGCAGAAGCUGACCCCCCCCCUCACGCACUAAGGUCACAUGGACUUUUUCUGGUGUGGGUGGAGCUUCCUGUGGAGGUGUUGGCAAUAACACAAAGUCUUCCUGGAGUGAGGCGCUGAGAUCUCCAGACAGGAAACUAGCGACGCUGUGUCCACUGGGACUGGAUCUCGUAGACGAGUUCUGGUGUUGAAAUCAGAACUCGGUCACACACUUACCUACUCAUGAUGCUCAGCUGAUGAUGGUGACGCCCCCCCCAGGUGGUUGGUUGGUUGGUUGUGUGUGUGUAGCUACGGAGGAGGUGGCCGGUUGCACACAAGCAGGCGAAGUCUGGUUUUUGAAACAAUUCAAGCUUGAAGAAUCAGCCAAUCACAGCAAACGUUGGCCAACAGUAAUGGAGGGGCGGGGUUAACAUUGUCCUUCCAACUGCUGACUUGUUGGAUUUGAAGUCCACAGACGUUAGCUAGAAGCUGCAGCUGUAGUUGCAUGACCAUGCUUUCUUCUUCACGUUGUGAAAGUCACGUGACUCGAUGCCGUCAUGUGACCGCACGCGAGUGUUUGGCUUUUUCUCUCUGCAGUAAAAACUUUGUAAUGUCCAACUUUUUUUCUUCGGUUCCUGGAUAUUUUUUUUAUAUUUAUCCUUUCUUAUGUAUAUUUGUUUUUUUAAGAAAAUAGUGAAAUAAAAAAAUAAGAUCUACA